AUGACACAGGCCGACAAGGAUGUGCAUCCGACUGUCCUUGCUCUUGGUCAGCAGAUGGCCACAUUCGCGAUUGACGAGAGCAUUUUGAGGCUAAAGGCGACGCUUCUCGCCUUCAAGAAGGUCAUCACCUCAUACAACACGCCACCAGGAAACACACUGGCUAGGCAUCUCACACCCCAUGUGCUCAACCCACAAAUCGAAUAUCUGACGGCGUGUCGGCCAAUGUGCUUUUCUAUGGGAAACGCCAUUCGGUGGCUGAAGCUGCAGGUCAGCAAGAUCGACCCUGAUGUCGCCGAGCAUGAGGCCAAGAAGCUGCUAUGCGAGAGCAUAGACAAUUUUAUCCAAGAGCGCAUCACCAUGGCGGAUGUGGUCAUCAUGGAACAGGCAGGCAAGAAGAUCAGGGAUGGCGAUGUUGUCUUGACCCACGGACGCAGCACACUUGUGGAGCGCACCCUUCUUCGGGCAUUUGAGGAGGGAAAGAAGUUUAGUGUGUUUGUGGUUGACGACCCGUAUGCGAGGACAGGCCAGCAACUUGCAAAGACACUUACAGGAGCGGGUAUCAAGGUAACAUACUGCGGCGACUUCGGCGGCUUGAGAUCACACAUACAUGAAUCUUCCAAGAUUAUCCUUUCCGCAGAAUCCAUGUUCAACAACGGCUCCAUGUACGGCCGAUCUGGAUUCUGCGAUGUCGCCAUUGCCGCCAAGGAGGUCGGCAGACCAGUCAUUGCCCUGUGCGAGACGAUCAACAUUACCGAGCGUGUGACGACUGACUCGGUCACGUACAACGAGAUCGACCCAGAGAGGAGCUCAGCAGCUGCAUUCAGGUUGUUGUUCGACACAACUCCAGCACAAUUCCUUUCAAUGGUCAUCACAGAACUUGGAUCCGUCCAGCCCACCUCCGUGUCAGAUCUGCUGCGCAAGCUGGAAGAGUCCAAUUAG